AUGGAUGAACUCUCGGGAUUGGAGAUCUCGACCUUGUCCCUGGGCUUGCGUGCCUGGCCGAUGGAACCGGAGUUCCCGCUGCAGUCAAGUGCUCGCUUUCGGCUGAUGUUUCAGCCGCUGACACUGUGGAGGCUGGCGGAGUUCCCGAGCGAUUGCAACGCCACGUGCGUCGCCGCUCCCGGCUUGAGCUGUUUGGAUCAGCGCGGACUUCCCGUGGCGCCCUGUGAAGUGAAAGCCUUGGUGGACACGAACGCCGUGACCGGGGGGGUUCGAAAAGUACAAUGGGCAGUUGUUGUUGCUGUUCAUGUGUGGUUCGAGCUGGAAGAGACGUGCAGCUGUCGGGCGCUUCUAAGCCUAAGCAUCAAGCCUCCACCUGCGUAG